AAUAGAGAUUUCCGUGUGAUAUGCACCAAAACCCUCUCCGUCAAGAUCAACCAUGCACUUUUCUUCUUCACUCUAAAUCAUUUUAUCAACUUAUAAAGUACCCCACACCCCCCCCCCCACCCCACCCCGGUGUUUCCGGUUCACUUUUUCGCUUUUUUGAAGCAUAUAUUCAUACUUGCAGUUCCAUACAAUUUUCUUCACCAAGCUUCUCAUCAAUCACCUCUCUCUCUCAUACAUGGCUCAAGUCCAAGAAAACAACGCCUCAUCAGGGAUCAAGUUAUUCGGAGCCACAAUCUCACCCAAAGAAAGAUCACAGCCAAAAGCCGAUCACGAUCACAAUAAUCAGACGGCGCAGAAAUCCGAUCCGACGGCGGAGAAGCGACCGGACAAGAUCAUCCCUUGCCCUCGGUGCAAGAGCAUGGAGACCAAAUUCUGCUACUUCAACAACUACAACGUCAACCAGCCGCGCCACUUCUGCAAGGGCUGCCAGCGCUACUGGACCGCCGGUGGCGCCCUCCGAAAUGUGCCCGUCGGCGCCGGCCGCCGCAAGGCCAAGCCGCCCUGCCUGCAGCCCGCCUUUUCGGAAGGUUGCCUGUUCGACCCCUCCUCCGCUGGGGUGCAGCAGCUUGACUUCGACGCGGUCGUGGCCAUGGGGGAGUGGCAGGCCGCCGACCACGCCGGUUUCCGGCAUCUCUUUCCCGGGAAGAGGCGGAGAUGCGCCCCCAAUAGUCAAACUUGUUGAUCAUCUCUUCUAGUUUGUCUUGUAGUUCGCACAAAAAAAAAUUAAAUAAAUAAAUUAGAGAAAAAAAAAGAUAUUCUAUUAACUAA